CAUAUAAAAGAAGAUCCAGAAUGUGAUCCUCAACACAGUAUCAGCUUUCUUAUCGCUGGCUUUCAGAGUCGCAUUGAGUACAUGAAUACGAACCUAUUGUUCGGUCGUCUAAGUAAAGUUGAAUUACGCCUGCAUGAUGAAUGGCGCUUGCGGGAAGCUGCACGUUCUGCCUUCUUUCAGCAAAUUCAUCCCACUAGCAGGUCUCAUACCUCCCCACAUCCAAAUCAACUCGCAACUGCUGCUGAUUCAUCAGCGACUAAUAUUUUUGAGCUUAUUCGCACAGAUCUAGACGCUAAUACUGUUUUCUCUCAGACAGAAUCUUCGGCUGUUGUAGCGGCUUCCAAAACAAAUAUUGUAGAUCACACUGAUGUUGGCGCCCCACCCGUUUAUGUGAUGGUCAACGGAGAAUUGAAUUGGGAUCAGCUUCAGUUGGCGAUUGUUCGGACUACCACUCCAGAUCUUCUCAGGUCUAUUCAAAAGGUCCGCGAGUAUUUUGAAGAACAGGUACGCGAAGGUCGUCUCUCUCUUAUUGGCCAAGCUUUUAGCUCUGCUUCGUUUGUCCGUGGAUCGUCAACUACGUUUGCUGCCGCAUCCAAUAAUGCUGGACCUAUUACACGGGAAGGAGACUCUCAUACUGCCAAUGCUACCUAUACGGAAGACAGUUUGAUAGACAGACUUCUACAGAGGCAUUGGCAAUCUCCAAUGUCUCAAGCAAUUUUUGCCUAUUUUCGUGAAUUGGCUUGGUUUGCUGGAGAUUGGCAGCCUCAUUUGAACUUUUCAGAUUCGGCUCUUUUGGCAACUAAUACACCUGUCAUGGGUGGUUCGCUUCAAUUGGCUGGAAACCUUUUAGGUAUAGCCUGUUUUGCUGGUAGCUUCCGCUCCGCACCAGAUUGGGCUGUCUUUAGUAUUCAACAUCCUAUGGCCUGUUUUGAAACUGAAGCGCAACCUGAAUUAAAGCAAUUUGGCUGCAUAUCGAAAUCCCCAUCAGAAAGUCACAAAACUUUUAUUGGAUCACCGACUCCAGCUAAAUCUGCAAUUACAAUUCCUCCAUUAUUAAAUGCAUCAUCGAAGAGAAAGCAUCAGCGACGGCAAAAGCAUAAACAUUCACAUACUUACUUUUUGUGUCCGAAUUCGUAUUCCUCUCAACACAAAGAACAGAUUUACAAACCUCAGAAAUCACCCUUUAUUCGGCUUGUCACUCCACCAGACCCUCUAAGUGACUCUGCUAUACAGCCUAUCUGGCUCAAUAUUCGCCAGGUACUAAGCUUUGAUCUCGGUCAGCAGCCUCAAUAUCGACGUCAAAUGGUCUAUGUUCUUCGUGUACGUCGAGGCCGGGAACAAAGUGGACGCCUAACGGUAGUACCUACCAUAGCAGAAUGGAUGGAGUUCAUCUUUAAAGCCGCAGAUGACGCAAGUGUGUCAGCUUUAUCCUUACUGAUUUAUGUUCGUGAGGCUCGGAUUUGUUAA